GGAUAAGGCGGGGCUUGAGCGGUUGGCUCCCCCGUCGCUGCUUCCUGAUGGCCUGGGCGCCAUGGCACUACCUUGGGUGCAGCGCAUUGAGCUCGUGCUCUUUGCCGCCGCCUUCUUGUGCGGGGCCGUGGCGGCCGCGACGCUGACCCGGACCCAGGGCUCCUUCAGUGGUAGCUGUCCCUUGUAUGGUGUGGCUGCCCUGAAUGCCUCCUCCCUGGCCUUAUCCCGCCCCUCAGCUCCAUCCCUCUGCUAUUUUGUGGCUGGAACUUCUGGUUUCCUGGCCCUCUACUGCCUCCUACUUCUGCUCUUCUGGGUCUACAGCAGCUGCAUCGAGGACUCCCACAGAGGUCCUGUAGGGCUCCGCAUUGCAUUGGUCAUCUCAGCUAUCGCCAUUUUCCUGGUCUUAGUGUCUGCCUGUAUCCUUCGAUUUGGCACCAAUUCUCUCUGCACUUCCAUCAUCUCUCUGAACCGUACAAUUAGCUGCUCUGAAGCCCAGAAAAUUCCAUGGACACCCCCUGGAACCGCUUUGAAGUUUUAUUCCAACCUACACAAUGCUGAAACCGCUUCUUGGGUGGAUCUGGUAUUGUGGUGUGUGGUCUUGAUGCUCCAGGUCAUGCAGUGGAAGUCUGAAGCCACCCCAUACCGACCUUUGGAGAGGGGUGACCCGGAGUGGAGCUCUGAGACAGAUGCUCUUGUAAGGCCACACCUAUCGCAUUCCUGAAGAGUGACCAGAGAGAGCUUCUGCAGCCAAAGACCCUGGGCCCAAGUGCCUGUAAUCUUCUUGCCCCCCACUAGCCCUGUUUCUGCACUUUUCCCUCCAGGAGGGAAACAGCAAG